CCGGAAUGCAGAUGAAGCUAUCUUUCAAUGAGCUCGAGCAUCCUAUCACACAUUACUUCGGCAGGCAGCAGCAGUCUGCAAAGGGCAAACGGAAGAGCCACGAUGUUGAAGCGUGCAACGAAGGUCUGCCUAGAAAGGAGGCAAAGUUGAAGGAGAACGAUGGGUCCAAGAGAAGUUCGGGUUUCCGACCAAAGGGACGGAAUAAUCAGCGAGACCCUGUUGUCUCUGUAUACGACGCUUUUGGCACCGAGGCGAGGACUCUGGCCGCUGCUGCGAUGAGCAGCGAUCGUCCUUUGUCUGCUUUCAAGAGGAGCCACGACCCCAAACCAGCCAACAUGGGUGAUCUGACUAUCGACUUGACUUGCGACGAGGACCAAAAUAUUUGUACUAGUAGGAACACUCCAAUCGAGAGUUCCUCGAAGGCCUCCGCUCGUUCAUCCUUAUACUCUAGGACUCCAGUUCGUCGCAGAGCCUCAUCCAGAGUGGCCGCCACCACGUCACUUCCAACGCCACCUCCGACCACAGCGAAGGGCAAACCAAGGAUACGAAGUCAUCGGUGGUCGCCAGAUUUCGAGGCGAGCGAACACGCGCCUCAUGCAUUGUCGCCUGAGCCGUUCGUCCUGUUGCCGUCUCCGAGCUCGUCAGCUUAUGACUCUUCUACGCAUGAUGCCAUUGCUGCCCAUGACGAUUCGGCCCCCUCUACUUUCUUGAGGCAUUCUUCUCCGCCACUGAAGUCGCGAUGUAACGGUCGUUCGCCCGAAGAUCAUGAUAAGAGUCUGUCAUUGUACGCCCAUAGAGACGCGGACAAUAUUGUGAAUGGAAGACAUCAAGAAGACAUAGCUCGCAGCAAAUUCAUCUUCUCGUCCCCAGCAACUCCGACCCCAACAUCGACAAACUGCCUACUUCCACCUCCAUGUUUGCAAUCUCCCCGCGAGAGUCCUGCUGCGCCGCGGCAGGCUACGCCGCGUUCUACAUCCUCACCCAUCCUGCCGUCCACGUUUAGUCAGGACGCUACAUUUGUACCUUCAUCCCAGACUCAGGAGAUCUUGGAAGGCCUCUACUCAGACACGAUCGUUCGACCUCCCCAGACUCGCGGCAUGACUCGCAGUCUUCAUGAAGACGAAAUUGUUCCUACCUCUCAAAGCCAGGAGAGAGAGCUCGCUAACACGCACAAUAUUUUUACCACUAGAACUUUCCUAUCCUAUCGGCAGGUAGUACUGACCUCUCAAGCCGAAGAGGAAGAGUUGCAGAUACCCACACAUCACGAUAUCCGGAUUCGCUCUACAACCGGGGAUGUUGCUGGUAGUCGAAAAGUUGGCUCACCCAACGACAUGCCGAUCGACAUUGCAACGUCAGUAAGCCGGUUGAACAUGACAGUCCCGGUAGAUCUUCCGGUACCGCAAGAGCGUCAGUCCUCACAUGCAACCCCUCCUGUAGGAGUGAAUGAUCAUAUGAAUGAUCGCAUAUCGUACAGUUCAGAGAAGAACUCAAACGCGGGCUGUGCUGCGAAAGAAUCAACUGAUCUACUGCUCUCAAGACAUGCAGUCGAUGCUAGGACAUCAUCUGACGAGUUGGCUUCACAAAUACGCACAUGCCCUCCAAGCAUACCGAUGUCAGUGAAUGAAUCCUAUGAUGGCGAAACAUGCGAUAUGGACGAGAUGCCGACGCCGUUGCGACAGUUUCGGGACAUGUUUGGAAGCGGGGCUAGCUUGCUGCCGUCGCAGCUAUUGUGCGGAAAUGACGUAUCGUGUACAUGCGAUGUCUCUGAACCAGGACAGGGACGACAAAUAGACAAAGAGGAAGCGGAUUCUAGGACCGACAGUGAGAUGACUUCGGGGUCCGACGUAGUUUAUGCAGGUCAAGGUCCACCAGCGUGCAAUUCAGGCGAUUCGGAGGCACAAGCGAAGGCCACACAAGUUCCGAACGAGAAUGUACAUCUUGUUUCUCCUGAUUCUGAAGCUCCCUCCAACAACGUAUUGGUCGAUGACGCUGCUCGUGGACGUCCUGCAGAGGCUCCAGCUGAGCAAGUCAGCUGCUACGGCCUCGGGACGGACGACGAACAUCUCGCACUAGAACCUCUGCCGGGUGACAUGAUUUUGCCCUCUGGCUAUACAUCAAGCUCGCAAGGGUCUUCCAUACCGUCCACUAUCGUAGAGGACUUCCUCAGGACCUUGGAUAGAAGCCAAAUUCAGUCGAUACCAGGUUCAUCGCAGAAGUAGAUAAACGAGCGGACGCGCGUCCGCUGUGCAACCUGAUGUAUCACAGAGCACAAUUGUCCGUGGAGCCUGUUACUUUCAUUUGAUCUUGUAGAGAAGUUGUGUGUUCUUGUAUCAUGUACUCGCAACCGUGCUUUCGUACCUUGUACGUACUAGUAUCAUUUUGCCGGAGUCGAAUUGUAUCAUAUUGCAUCGGGCGC